UUCGACUCUUUUCCGGUCUCUCUUCCCUGUCAGGUAGGGUUUAUGCUUCAUACUUCUUAGCAGUCGACACAAAAAAUUCAAUCCCUCCAAAGCUACAACACGACAAAGAAGAGCUUGGGAGUAGGAGGAGGAGAAGAAGAAUCAGGCGUCAUUGUUCUUCUUCAAUCGAUUCGUAUUCUUCCUCAUAUUCACUACAUAGCUUGCCAGUCCACAGCUGUUGGAAUGCACGGUGCUGUAAAAGAGGGUUAUGAACCCCCGAAAGACUUCGAGGAAGAUACUAAGGAACCGCUUGUCGAUCUCCAGUUGACGGAUUCCACCGAGCUUUGGCUCAUCCAGUGGCCCAGCAAUCAAACUCCUGAUUUUGAUGGAAUGGAAGUGACACUCGACCUUAAUCGUGAUGGGCGCUUGGGCACUUUUGAGGGUUCAAGUGGAAAAGAAUACGAUGUAGUUGGCUUUGCUGCUCAAGAGCCUGAUGCAACAGUUUUCCUCUCCUCUGCAUCAGAGGCAAAAAUUGUUGGGAAGAUCGCUCGGCGCGUUUCCUUUGUCCAUUACCCUGAUCCAGAAGAGCUUACAACCCAGAAGCCCGAAAACGUGAAACAGCUUAAUAUAAAAAAUAGCGGAACUACAUAUACAGGAUCUCAAUCUCGGCUUGUAACCCCCUCACGUAACUUGCGAAAUUCAGCCACUACACAUAGCAGGCAUAAGAGUUCUUCAUCUAAACUUGGGAAUUCUCCAAGUAACAAAAGAAGACAUGUUGGGGAGUCUUCUGGAUCCAAGGAUCGGUCUAUUCGUAGUGCUUAUACUUCUUCUGGCGCCUCAAUGCAAUCUCGGUAAAGGUGAGUGAAAGAAGAAACUGAAGGAGGCAUUCAAUAUUUGCUUAUCCUGGUCGCGACACAAUUUUAUGUUGGAAUCUCUUAUCAUGUCUUAUUGAUGGCUUGAAAGAGACAGCUCUGUCUCAGUGGCAGCUGUAGCUCCUCUUUCUGAGCCCGGAUGCUUGUUAUUUGUAUUACCUAUUAGAUGCUUCAUACUGUUAUUCUAUAACCAAACAAGUUUACAGCUGAUCCUGUAAUGGCUCGCUGAAGAAAAAUUAGGUGCAUUUGACUGUUGAGUGUUGACUGUACCCAAACGUGUUCAUAUCAACGAACCGUUAUCAUCCCUCAAUUUGAUUGGGUCGGUUGAUGAAUAUCUGUGGAGUCAAAUUAUAUGGAUUUGGGAGGUUUUGAGUUCGAUUUCUACUCGAAGCAAUUUUCUUGAGGUAA